UCAAACAAGUAACUCUUCAUUGUUCACCAAAUAUAUUGUAACUAGAGAGAGAAACAAGAUCCUCUAUCUAGGAUCAUAUACAUACAUACGUAAAUAAAUACAUAAGUGUACGUAUAUCUCUCAAAUAAAGAGAAAAUGAAGGGAGGGGAGAAGCAAUGUGGGAAAGUUGAUAAACUGAAGCCAAUAAUAGCGAUCAUAUCACUCCAAUUCGGAUAUGCAGGCAUGUACAUCAUAACUAUGGUUUCCUUCAAGCAUGGUAUGAACCAUUGGGUCCUUGCUACCUACCGACAUGUUGUCGCUACAAUCGUCAUGGCUCCUUUUGCUCUCAUUCUCGAAAGGAAAAUAAGGCCUAAGAUGACAUGGCCAUUGUUCCUUAGGAUCCUUGCCCUCGGAAUCCUAGAACCGCUUAUGGACCAGAACUUCUACUACAUAGGGAUGAAAGCCACAUCAGCAACGUACAGUUCUGCCUUUGUUAAUGCACUUCCCGCCGUCACCUUCAUAAUGGCCGUCAUUUUCAGGUUAGAAACUGUGAAUUUGAAGAAGAUACGUAGUCUUGCAAAGGUGAUUGGAACAGCAAUAACGGUGGGUGGGGCAAUGGUAAUGACGUUAUACAAAGGUCCAGCCAUCGAGCUCAUCAAGGCCGCUCAUACAUCUAUUCAUGGCGGAUCCUCCUCAGAGACCACCGACCAACAUUGGGUUACGGGAACAUUAGCCGUGAUGGGUAGCAUCAUCAGUUGGGCAGGUUUCUUCAUUUUACAAUCAUUCACAUUGAAAAAAUAUCCGGCGGAGCUAUCAUUAGUGAUGUGGAUAUGCGGCAUGGGGACGAUCUUAAACACCGCUGCUUCCCUGGUGAUGGUUCGUGACCUUAGCGCAUGGAAAAUUGGUAUGGACUCGGGCACGCUCGCAGCUGUUUACUCCGGAGUGGUUUGUUCGGGAAUGGCGUAUUACAUACAAAGCAUUGUGAUUAGAGAACGAGGCCCAGUAUUUACGACGUCAUUUAGUCCCAUGUGCAUGAUCAUCACUGCCUUCCUUGGCGCGUUAGUUUUGGCCGAAAAGAUCCAUCUCGGAAGUAUAAUCGGGGCGGUUUUCAUCGUUUUUGGGCUAUACAGCGUCGUUUGGGGAAAAGCUAAGGACGAAGUGAUUUCGACGACGGAGGAGAAAAUAGGAAUGCAGGAGCUGCCGAUCACCAGCAUAAUAUCAACGGAUGGUGGUGGUAAUCCUUGUGCACAUAACAAAGGUGUGACUAAUAGUACUUGAUUGGAACCCCCAUGAAGCAAUCAAAGAAACAAAAAGAAAAGUCAAUUGCUCUCAAUUUUUGAACACCAAAUUUCCAAGAAGGGAAAUUUCUCUAUCUUUCUUUCUUGUAUUGUUUUUAUGUUAUUUACGUUUCCAAGUUUGUUGGUGUUUAUUUUAAAUUUUAUGGUUUAUAAUAACUAAUGUGUUAUCUUU